UUACUUGGCAGUUGGCACUCUUCUCUCCCCCUCUCCCUUCCUCGCAGAUCUACCUUCCCUUCCUCGCAAUUCAUCAGAGAAAAAAGGGAACAGUCAAAUCAAUGGCGGAUACUAGGUCCCCCAAUUCUGCUGCCGAUGAUGACCUAAAGAAACAUGCAAUGAGGGUUUUCAAGGAAGCGACCAAAGACUGUGCGGACAUUGUCUUUGAAAUAAAAUUUGACAUGAUUCGGGACUACGAAUCCCUUCAUCAAUGUGCAGUUGAUUUGUUCAAAUCUAUAGCAAAUACCGGCCUGGUUGACUUCCCCGAAGAGCUUAAGGCUCUCUCUGAGGCGGCCAUACUGUCCGAUGUGGCUGUACACACCAUUGUCAUUGGGGAAUACUUCACUGCCCGAAAGACCAAGGCUACUCUCAAGGCCUUUCAGCACAUGAUAGCCACUGGUGUCGCCCCCAAAUCCUGCAGUUACAGCCUGCUCAUCACGGCCCUUGCAUUAGACUUUUCUGAUCCCAAUUUUCUUGUGAAUGCCAAGAAGUACUUUAUGGAAAUGUUGGUUAAGGGAUUCAAGCCCAAUUCUGGGUCCUACAUGUUAGUGUUGGAUGCCAUUUCCUGCCGGGAGUCGGAGGGGAAGGCCAGGGAGUUCCUUGAACAGAUCAAAGCCAAGGGGUUUGUCCCUGCACGUAAUCUUUAUCAAUUUGAAGUAGGCCACGCCAUAGAAGCGAUGAGUGCAAUGAAGAUGUAUGAUGAUCUGGAGGACAGCAUAACUGAUGAGGACAUGCAAAAGGUCUUCUCAGAGUGGCGCACCAACCACGAUCUCCUCACCAAAGAGUCGAUGAAGAUGUACACGGCUUUGAUAGAGGAUGAUAAUGUAGAGCAGGCAAUGGAGAUCUUUAGGGUCAAUGCUGAGAGGGGCAUACUUCCCAUUGUUGUAGUCCACACCUGUGUUAUUGAAGCCUACUUCAGUUUUGGCAAGACCAAGGAUGCUCUGGAGGCAUAUCAGGGGAUGUUGGCUGCUGGGGUUGCCCCAAAUUGCUACACUUACACUGUUUUAAUCAAGGGACUCACUGCUGACCCCAACUUCAUUGGAGAUGCCAAGAAGUGCUUGCUUGAUAUGAUGGACAGGGGGAUGAGGCCCAAUGCUGCUACCUACACUGCAGUGUUAGAGGGUUUUGCAAGGAAGGAGGACAAGGCAGCUGAGGAGGAGGGAAAAGAGCUGGUGAAGGUGAUGAUUCGUAAGGGGCAUGGGCCAAAGGCAAAGGCUAUGAUGGAGGUUCUGAAAGGCAGCCCAACACCUUUAAUAAGAAGGGUCCUGGACAUCACCUUUUCCAAGUUGAAGGCUUGAUGCUUUUAUUCAUCGAUGUUAUGCCAGCAGCUUUAGGAUUGAAUGGUUUCAUAUAUGGGGUAGGAGUAAGAGUAGGAAAACACCUCUAGGAUUGAGUUUCAAUAGGGGAUUUGGUGCUGUUCUGUAUCCUUGUGAAUGUUGACAUUGGAGUAGAAAAAUCAUGUAGGAUUGAGUUUCACUGUGGUAUUUGGUGAUGUUCUCUAUGAUUAUGACUAUUGUCAUCCAAGUAUUUUGUGG